AUUUUUAUCGCACCGCCGAUCAAGAAAGCUCGAAUCAAGAAGCCAGUGUACAGAGGCAUUAUGCUACCAAGCUGGAGUAGAGCUACACAGACAAACAACGCUACAAUACGUUCAACGUUAGCUACACCUGAUCAACAACACGAUUCACAAGCAUUACCUAUUACAGCCAAAGGUCUGUUAUUCUUCAAUUUUCUACCUACUUUUGUUGCUAAUCACUAUCUACCGCUAAUAUUAUCUUACUGUAACAAAUAUGUAUAGGUGUUUCUCUUAAACUAUUUGCAUCUCCUUUUCUAAUCGUAAAAAUAUUCUUAUUUCUACUGUAACUAAUAUACCGUCCAAUGAUGAACCGAUGUCUAACUUUGGCAAGAAAAUAGUUCUUACCAGCCAUUGCUCCAUCUUUAAUUUAACAAUACACUAUUAUAACUUGCUUUUCCUCACUCUUUCAAUAUACAUUAAUAAAAGAAUUUGUAUAUUAGGCUCAACAUUUGCUCCACCUUGUGCAUAACUAGACAUGGAGAUAUUGACUACCACAAACACAGGUUCGUCUUUUCUCCAACUUUCCACCAACAUUUAUUAUUGAUUGCUUCCUACCACUAAUGUUAUAUAUUACCGCAACUAAUAUAUACAGGUUCUAAAUCAACUAAAAACAAAUGAAGCUUUAAUCAGUUGCCCAAUAGUUCAACUAUUUAAAAAAAAGUUCCAAACUGUAAGUACUGUGGUGCAAAGAAAAUUAAGUAUGAAUCACCCGUUUUUUACUGUAGCAAUGGUACAGUAAAAUUGACAUCACAUAGAAUACCUGUUGAAUUGUUGAGUCUCUAUUUAAAAAAUACUGAAGAGUCUGAGCACUUUCAGAUCUAUCUUAGAAUGUACAAUAACAUGUUCGCAUUUACUUCACUUGGAGUGAAAUAUGACAAAACACUAGCAAAAAGGGACCAUGGUAUUUACAGGUUUAGAGUGCAAGGACAAAUGUAUCACUUUAUUAAUGAUUUGAUCGCAUCAACUCAAGAAUCAAAAAAAUUGCAACUAUAUUUUUAUGAUGUCAAUACAGAAAUGCUGAAUCGAAUGGCUUCAUCAGAUGUACUCAAAGAAUCUAUCAUUGAGAAGUUAAUAGAUAUACUAAAGAUAAAUCCUUGUUGUGUUCUUUUGAAAUCGUUACUACAUGUUCCACAACUGUCAAAUUUUUAUAAUGCAUUAAAUUGUGAUUCAAAGUUUGAUCAACGAGUAUACAUCUUACCAAGUGUAUCAAAAGUAGCAGCAUUAUGGCUAGAACAAGAAAUAAAUAACAGUAAUAAUCUUACACCACAUAUUCGAAUUUAUACUCAUA